GGACAUGCUGGGAUCCAACAUUUUUCGAUAUACUUCAUUCUUGUCUAAAAAAAGGGAGUAUGAAAUUUACAAAACAGUCACUCCAUAUGUUUAUCCGACGUGUCAAAACCACACACAGUUGCAAUAUUGUGAAAGGUAAUGUAAAAUCGAAAGCAGAUGUAAUUUGAACGCAGUCAUAUAGUUUAUAGAGGUACCAGCACUGAGACAGUAUGACUCAUAACAACCCACAUUCUAAAACAUAUUGGGUUGUUUUAAUCCAGUGCUGGGUAAAAUAUGAACAAAUCAACCGUUGGGUUAUAAAUGAACCUUAACUGUUUUGUUUUAACAAGGGAUGUGCGAGACAAAAGUCGACAUUGAAAACACGAGUCGAUUACACAAAUAUAUUACACAUAAUGUAAUAAUUUAAAUGACUUUCAUUUUAAUGUCUGGUUUUAAAACCUUUUCAAGUACAUACUAAAACAAUAUGUUUGAAAAAUAAUUAUUUAUAGUUUUAAAAGUGUAUCAGGAAUUUUAGGUCAGAUGUAGCAUGCGUUUCACAUGAUCAAGAAAAACGCUUUCAAAGUUUUCAUUUGAGUAAACUAAAAUAACCUUGGUCUACAUGAACAAGUAAUGGUACAACACUCUGUUUUAAAGUUUUACAACUUAAGUUAAAUAUAAUACAAUUUGCUUUUUGGUGUUUUAUUUAUUAUCUUGAAUGUGUUCUAAUGACUCGAAACAGACUUUCCAGGACUUUCCAUAAGUCAGCUGUGGGUUGUCCCUUUAAACAGACACACUUUCAUUCCUGCAAAGACAACAGACGCCACAGCUAUUAAAGUACAGUAGCAUUUAAUAGGCAUUUAAUAAUACGUAUUUAACUCAGAUUAAUGGAUCAGAUGAAACCUUCUAAAAACAGGAAAUGUGAAGAGAAAACCACAAGUCUGAAAACUCAGGUGGAAUCGCAAAUAUGGAGAAACAGACUGAGACAGACGGUUCGAAAGUAUUACGGAAGUGGAAAGACAACAAUGGGAGCUGGUAAUUCAAAUGAUUUGACGCAUUUCCCCAGCCAAGAGGGAAAUGCUCUAUCAAAGUGUCCAGUUUGUUUCUCCUCACUGAAACUCUGCCAUACUAGUGAAUUGCUUCAGUGUACUCAAUGCCCUACCGCUCCAUUCCUGUGUGGCUCCUGCCUCUACCCAUGCACUACUGAUUCUGCUACCUGUACAAACAACAUGUGCCCACUGGUAUCUACCCUACUAACCUGUGGACUGGUGUCAGACCCAAAGAGUAAGGUGUUUGAAUGCCCUGAGUUCCGAGCCUGUCCCAAGUGUCGCAGUUUAAUUAUUCAUGUAUCUGGGUGUAAGUUUGUGAGGUGCCACUCAUGCAAACACCGCUUCUGUUUCAUCUGCUUACAAGAUGACUGUUGUAAUGAUGUGGAGAAGUACUGGUCACUCACUUGCAAAAAGCCAAGAGCACAAAGACAAAGAUUUAUACUAACAUCCUGAACAUUCUUGGGUUGCAUAUUGUAUUUAUCGCCAGGUCUGUCACUCCAGAAUAAAUUAAUUGAUUGAUUUAAAUCACUAAAGGAAUGUAUUGGCAUUGACGACAACAUUUGAACGGUUUAGGUAUAUAUGUAUAUAUCAAUAAAAUAGAGUUGAGUAUC